CAGGAAAAUUCCUCAUUUCUCUUCCACUCUUUCUUUAUCUCUUGCUCCGGCGACUGCCGACUCUCUCCUGGAUCCCCUGUCGCGAAAUUACUCUUUGCCAAGAUCAACGCAGAUGGGUUCUGUAGAUCAAAGUUUCAUCAACAAGAGGAGCAACCAGCAGCACCUUGACACUCAAUUAAAUGAGCAAAAUGCAGCAAAGAGAUUAAAACUAAGCACAACAAUCAUACCCCCCAAAACUAAAUGUCAUCGAAAUUUAUCAUAUCAGUCUGCUAAUCAAGUUCAUAUCUGAACUAAAUGAGGAGCAGAAGCUGAUAGUUCACAAACUUGGGUUCGGUUCUUUGCUUCAUAUAUCAUGCAACUUCAUAUUGGAUGAUAUAUUUGAAUGGUUAGGAAUGCAGUUCAACACCACUACUUCCAGAAUUGAACUAAGAAAUGGUUUCAAGUUCCACUUGACAAAAUUAACUGUACACAAAAUCCUAGGCAUUCCAUGUGGUGGUUUUCCAAUACCAACAAAGCCUUCAAAACAAACUGUUGAUUUCAUGAACACAUCUCUUGGAACAACAAAACCAACCCCAGAACACUUGCUAUCGAUGCUAUCUGAAAACAUACCAGAAGAAGCUUUCUCUAGGAUUUUUAUGCUCCUUGUACUUUCCAUUCUAAUUGCACUGAAUUAAAAGGGACUUCUAAGCAAAAAAUACUACAAUGCGUUGGUCAAUAUUGAGUCAGUUCCAAAAUACAAUUGGUGCCUCUUUACCCUGUCUUUCUUGGUUCAUGAGAUUGCAAAAAUGCAGUCAAGUGUUGGGAAGAAGAGGUCAAACCUAGCAGGAGGUUGUAAAGUAUUGUUAGUGUUUGAAUUCUUGAUCACUUCUGACUACAAGAUUUCAACCAGUACGUUCCCAAGACUUCCUUUGUGGUCAGCAACAAUGCUUAGAUCAUUCAUCGCUCUAGACACAAAGCCUGGAGUCAAUAUUGAGUUUGCGAGGCUUGAAAUGAAGCACAUAACAGCAACUCCAUUCGCUGAUUCUAUCGAUGAGUCACCUAUGCAAUUACCUGAAUCAAUUUUGCACUACAUCAAUAGCAAACUACCAUCGAUUCACAACAUACAGGUUUGCAAAUCCAAUUCAGAAGCAAGAAUACUUGACUUUUACUUACAAAGUAGUAGGUUCAUCUAUUUUUUUAUGAUUGCUUCGAGCUCAAUUUAUUCUUUUUCAAUUCUCAUUUUCUUAAAAAUAGUAAAGGAUUAAGCUUCAGAGUUCCAGUCAGAAAAUUUGGCAGACAGUUUUAACAAACUCUAUUCGAACGCUGCAAUCUUAUGUUGACGAUGUUCUCAGUUUGUUACCCUCAAGUUCUCCUUCUAAAGAUCAACCUCAAUAUCAACCUUCUACAGUUACAGAUCUUUCAGGAGUGCACUUGGGUAAUGUUGUAUCUAACGUUGAUUCAACUCGUUACCUGAUACCCAUUAGUGUAAUGCAGAAACAUCCACACUUGGACUCAUUCAUCUAUUCAACUGAUUUCUUGCAUUUUCCUGGCCCUCAUUCAUAUCCUCCAAGCUUUGAUUCAGAAAAUACUCGCGAACUAAUUGAUUCAAUGAUUGUAUAUUUCUCUGAACGCCUGCUUAUUGAUGAGCAAAUAAAUUUCGCUACUCCAAUAUCUAUUGGAUCUCCAAGUUCCACAGAUUUAGCGGUUCUAGAAGUUUUCAGCAGAGAUGAAAUUAAUGAAAACUUUACCUAUACAGUCAUUUCUCCUAAAGAAGGUAAUACAAACUUUUUAUACAAUAAAGCUUUUGUUCUGUCCACUUUUUCUUUAUUUUGCAGUCCAUAAAUAUUUUUCUUCAUAUUUAAACUACUUACAAUAUCGCCAGUUCUUUCUUAUUAUUAGUAAAUAACUAUUCAUUUUUCUGUUUAUUCGUUGUACAAAUACCAGUUAUCCUGGAUUCUCUUAGAAAUAAACCAACAUGGGAAGACUUGAAUUCAACAGUAAAUCAUAACUGGAGACAAGAGAAAUUUAGCUCUACUCACUGGAAAUUUAUCUCAGCUGAUUCAUCUGCCACAGGAGACUCUUUUUAUUGUGCACCACAUCAAGUCAAACUAGAAGCAUUACAAGACAAGUCAAUUAUCAUUAAUUCACAUCCCUACCAUGAAACACUUGCAGAAAAAUGUUAAACCAAUCUCCCAUCUACUCAAAUGUCUCAACCAGCACCUCCACCUAAUUCUUUCCCAGCAAACUACACUGAAGAUGACAUACCAAGUUUCAAUGCAAUAACCGAUGCACUACAAGAUACAGUCCCACCCUGUAUGACUUCUUAUCAAACAAGCAUCUACUCUCAUCUGGGUUCUUCUUCCAAACUUGACAAACCUGAGACUCAUACAUAUCCUAGGUUCUUCAAUGCUAAUACUCCAUUCCUGUAUAGCAAUAGUCCACUAAGGCCUUUCAAGAUUAAUUCUCCGCAGCAAGAAAUUUCCUUUGGAAAUCCACUUAACGAUCCAGCAUUGCUCAAAAUGAUGGAAGAAUUUGAAGUUAAAUCCAAAAGCAAUCAGAUAGAUGCAGGAAAGAAGCAGUUUCAAAACUUCUCUUCUGCAAAAAUUAUUCAGCAGCCCAACUAUUUGCAGUUCCAACAAGUUAUCUUCUCAACACCAGUGCAAGUAGAAUUCUACAAGACAAUGACUGCAGCUCUUCCAGUUCUGGACUCAAGAAUAUUCCAAGUGAAUGAAGUAUGGGUUGACCAGAAAACCUUAACUAUUUCCUUAAGACCUGGUUGCUGGAUGAAUCCGCACUCUCUGGAUUGUUACUCAAAGAUGCUCAAUACUCACCAACUAAUCCGUAGUAGGCAAGGCCUAAUACCAAAUACUGAUGUUAUUAGGAACAUUGUGCACAGAGAAGAUAUGGCAAUACUCAUGAGGCCUAUGCUUGAUCAUUCAGACCCAAUAUGCAUACACAUUUUAAGUGAAGCAAGAGUUGGCUUCAGAUUGGAAAUAGCAAAUUUUGUCCACUUGCCUUGCUUCGAUGAUAAGCAAUGGAUUCUAAUAACAGCAAACCUACAGAGUGGAAGAUUUUUUGAUAUUAUGUAUCCCGAUGGGUCUGGACAAGACAGAUUCACAACUAUAAUAAGCACUGUCUGUUACAAUUUCAAGUCACUGUUUGCACUCACCUACCCUAACUGCAAUGCAUUCAGCAUCAAAGACUUUGACUACAGAUUCAUUGUAGUUCCUAGGAAUCAUUUCAGGUACAACACAAGUGUUUUCCUUCUUCAAAUACUAAAAACAUAUCGUGGCAUGGGAGUUCUUGGAUUCUCUACUGUUGAUCUCCAAGCUAUGCGCGAAAUAUUUUUGUAUGAGAUUGCAACCUACCAAAACAGUGAGGUCCAACUACCAGUCGUGAGGCCAUUUCUUCAAAACCACGGUUCCCGGUCUUUCAAAUAAAAGGACUUCGCACAUCAAGAGAAUGAAUAGCUGAAAGGACCACUUGAGGGUGUAAAAUGGUUGAGAUGAUAAUUUCGGCGAGCUUCACAUUUCAAUAUCGAAACAAGGGUCAAGACAAGCCAUUAUUAAGUUGUUUCUGGCUUCCACUAGUGUAGUUGUUCUAAGUGAUACACCCCCUGCCAUUAUGAAUUUACUUACGGAGAAGUGACUGUAUUUUUUUUAAAAUUCAGUUGUACUACCUAGAAUAAAAUUUCCUUUUGAACAACUAAACUAGUGGAAGCCACUACCAAAUUCUGAAAGAAUUCAUUCAGCAGCUUUUCUGUGAUUUUAUGGAGAUUUUAUAUUGUUAUGAAAAUUCA